ACGCCGGCCCUCAUCAUGGCAUCUUCCACACUAGAAUGCAACGUCGAAGUUCGUCCCUCGGCAAUCGCAGGCAAUGGACUUUUCGCAACCAAAGACAUAGCAGCGGGAUCUACUUUAUUGCUCAAGACACGACCAUUAAUUGCUGAACUGGACCUGGAGCGACUGCAAGACACUUGCCACAACUGUUUCAUGUGGUCACAAAAAGCUGUUCGGGCUUGUGCGAUACACGCUACAGAAGCAGAUCGCCUAGGUCGGUAUCCUGAUUGUUCUGGUUGUCAGACUGAGGGUGAGGUUAUUGCUGUCAAAGCUUGUACAGGGUGUAAGAGGGUGAGAUAUUGUAGUAAGAAGCAGGCCUGGACCAGAUAUCACAAGUUUGAAUGUAAGAUUAUGAGAGACCCGGAUUUACCGCCAAUACCCUACUCUGUACGAGCGGCACUGCAACUAGCAUUUCUCAUGGAUAGCGACGCUGUAUCUGAGGAGGACAAGGCAGGUGUGCAUCGUCUUGAAGCUCAUGAUCCAUCCACACUCGAAAAGCCUCGAGAUCUCAUGCAAUACGACAUGACUAUAGAAUCGACAAGCGAUCUUCUUGCGCGCAUAAACCCUAAUCAUCCCGAAUUGUCCAGAAUACCGAAAUAUGUCGGACAGAAUAGANUUCUUCGUAACUCGUUGACGCUGAUCACGCCUACUCUGGAUCCUAUUGGUGUUGCCACGGAUCCAAUUGCAUGCUCUGCGAAUCACUCUUGCGAGCCGAAUGCAAGUGUGCUGUUCGAUGUACCCAGGCUUAUGAUGCGCUCCCUGGCGCCUAUCAAAAAAGGCGAAGAAGUGUUUAUCUCUUAUGUCGACAGCACAGAUCAGUUCUAUCGUCGACAAGCUCUCCUAAAACUUCGGUACCGUUUCGAGUGCAAAUGCUUCAAAUGCCAACUCGGAAUCAACGGAAAGGAAAAUGCUUGGGCGAAGCCAUUGGAAAAUCUCGCUCCUAAAUGGUCGGACCUCGCCAAACUCAUGGACAGUACCGAGCACUGCUCAGCUGAGCCAGCACACUACUUGGGCGAGAGUAGAGCAGAGAUGGACAUGGCAAUCAUUCAGGGCUCGGUCUAUCAUGAUUACGAAUCAAUACGCCAACAAAGGACAACAAGCNUCGCUAUCGAAGCACUCGAAAACGUCAUGCGAACCUGCAAACAAUCAGAAAUGUGGCCCAUCACCAGACAGCCAUAUGCAAACGUCCGAGUAGAUAUCGCCUCUCGUAUGCUCGACGAAAAGCGUGUUGCUCUUGCACUGUUCCAAAUGGCAAAGACGUACUUCCUCAUCGACCCCGUUUUAUACCCGCAAGACUUCCACCCCGUUAGAGUGGUCCACACUUGGAAUCUAGCAAAGACGUUAGUACAGGCGUAUUCUUCACCCAACGAUCCUAGCCAGACUGUGGAUCCUGGUGUGGAACAGCUCUUCCAGAUGGGAUUUGAUUUCGUGGUUCCGGUGUGGAAGAUCUUGAAGAAACUUAGUGUGGAUGUGGUUAAGAGUCAUGGAGCACAGAGUCGUCUUACGUUUAUGGUACAUGCUCUCACUGAACAGGUCAAGGAUGGAGUUGGAAUGCAGAAUUUGGUGCAGAUUGAAAGAGAUCCUUUAGGUAUGUGGAGGGAGUUUGAGAAGUGGGCACAUUACUUAGAGUACUAG